ACAACCCCGCACUUUCUUCUUCUUCUUCUUCUUCCCCAACCUCUCUUCGAUUUUACAUACACUUUCUUUCUCUCUCUAUAUAUAUAUAUAUAUCUCCUUCCCUCACACACAUAAACUGCACAGAGCUAGGGAGCCAUCAUAUACAUAAACUUCCCAUUUUCAGAAAGGAUUUAUAAUCGUCUAACCGGAAAAUUCAAGCGAAGAACCAAUCAAUUCGAUCUGUGAUUGGAUGGUGAGAAUAAGGCAAGAGGAGGAGAAGAAGGUGGAGGUGAAAAAGGGAAUGCGUCUUGGGAAAUACGAGCUUGGGAGGACGCUCGGCGAGGGUAAUUUCGGUAAAGUUAAAUUCGCUAGGGAUACCGUCUCCGGUCAAUCCUUCGCCGUUAAAAUCAUCGACAAAUCUCGUAUCGCCGAUCUCAACUUCUCCUUACAGAUAAAGAGAGAGAUCCGUACUCUGAAAAUGCUAAAACAUCCCAACAUUGUUAGAUUACAUGAGGUAUUGGCUAGCAAAACGAAAAUUAAUAUGGUGAUGGAACUUGUCACUGGAGGAGAAUUGUUUGACAGAAUUGUCUCCAACGGUAAACUAACAGAAACAGAUGGAAGAAAAAUGUUUCAGCAGUUGAUCGAUGGAAUCAGCUACUGUCACAGCAAAGGUGUUUUCCACAGGGAUCUCAAGCUAGAGAAUGUUCUUCUUGAUGCUAAGGGACAUAUAAAGAUCACUGAUUUUGGCCUCAGUGCUCUGCCUCAACAUUUUAGGGAUGACGGAUUGUUGCAUACAACCUGUGGAAGUCCUAAUUACGUUGCACCUGAAGUUUUAGCUAACAGAGGCUAUGAUGGUGCAGCCUCAGAUAUAUGGUCGUGCGGUGUAAUCUUGUAUGUCAUUUUAACUGGAUGUCUUCCAUUUGAUGAUAGAAACCUUGCGGUUCUUUACCAGAAGAUAUGCAAAGGAGACCCACCAAUACCAAGAUGGUUAUCACCAGGUGCAAGAACCAUGAUUAAGAGAAUGCUCGAUCCAAAUCCAGUCACAAGAAUCACAGUCGUUGGUAUUAAAGCCAGCGAGUGGUUUAAACACGAGUACGUUCCUUCAAUUCCCGAUGAUGAUGAUGACGAAGAAGAAGUUGACACAGACGAUGAUGCCUUCUCAGUCCAAGAGCUCGGAUCAGAAGAAGGGAAGGGAAGUGAUUCACCGACCAUUAUCAAUGCGUUUCAGUUAAUCGGAAUGUCUUCAUUUCUUGACCUGUCUGGUUUCUUUGAACAAGAGAAUGUAUCAGAGAGGAGAAUAAGAUUCACUUCAAAUAGCUCCGCAAAAGAUUUACUGGAGAAAAUCGAGACAACGGUAACAGAAAUGGGAUACAAUGUACAAAAGAAACAUGCGAAGUUAAAAGUAAAACAAGAAGAAAGGAAUCAGAAAGGUCAAAUUGGUUUAUCAGUAACAGCUGAGGUAUUCGAGAUAAAGCCGUCACUGAACGUGGUUGAGCUAAGAAAAUCUUAUGGGGAUUCAUGUUUGUAUAGACAGUUGUACGAGAGACUAUUAAAAGACGUGGGCACAUCCUCGCCGGAGCAAGAGAUAGUAACAUAGGUGUUGUUGUUUUCGGCUGAAGAGAUAUUAGCUCUAAAUAUUUUAUCAUAUGGUACACACCAUCCAUGUUCAUAAUUCAUCUUCUUUAUAUAUUUAUUUAUAUAUAUGAAAGGAGCUCGAUUUAUAUAAUUAGUGCAAAUAAAUAAUUGCAUUAGUUAUUAGUAUAAACCGUGGCGUAGAUCCUUAAGAAGAAUUAGAGCUUUUUUAAUUCAUUCUACCUUUGUAUUUGCUCUUUAUUUCGUGUGGCAAAUCGGCUUAUUAGCCCCCAAUAUAUGUCUUCAUUUAUUUUUGUAAAUAAUAAUUACUUAUACAUGUUUAGUUAUUGAAUCUGUACAAGAUCAUAUAAAUCUACAAGGUUAUGCAA